UCCCCUCUCCCUAAAAGAUCUAAGCCGCCUCCAAUCCCAGUCAAACCCACGAGCUCUGACUAUUCCUCAGUCCAACAAACCCUCUUCUCAUUUCUCAGAACUUUCACCCUCCGUUCAAACUAAAUAAAACCCAAUAGCCCCCCCUCUGUUUUCUUGACCAAGCCCCUUCAAAUUUUUUUCUCCUCCUCUUUCUUCUCUAAUGGCUUCUUCAACAGGGAGUUUAGAGACCUCAGCAAAUUCAAGGCCCAGCUCUUUCUCUUUCUCCUCUUCGUUUCCUACUUCAUUCUCUGAGCUUCUCAAUGGAGGAGGAGACGAUGAUCAUAGCUGUAACAGGGGGAUUGGGGUUCCAAAGUUUAAGUCAAUAACUCCUCCAUCUUUGCCGAUAUCGCCGAUAUCGCCUUCUUCAUAUUUUGCCAUCCCUGCCGGGCUUAGCCCAGCUGAGCUCCUGGACUCCCCUGUGCUCCUCUCUUCUUACAAUAUCUUGCCAUCUCCAACAACAGGAACAAUCCCUGCACGAUCCUACAAUUCAAAGCAAAAUCCUACAAAUUAUCAUCAAGAUAUCAAAGAGGAACAAAGGGCUUAUUCUGAUUUCUCUUUCCACACCAACACCAAGCCUCAAAGCUUCAUGCCCUCUUCACAAGAAGCCUUCAAAGAUAACAAUCACCAGCAUCAACCAUGGAGCUAUAAAGAAAAUGAGCAAAUGGGUAUACUUAGAACAAGCUCAACUGAGUUACAAACAUCUCAAGCUCCUACUCAAACUCUAAGAGAACAAAGGAAGUCAGAUGAUGGAUAUAACUGGAGGAAGUAUGGACAAAAGCAAGUAAAAGGAAGUGAGAAUCCUAGGAGUUACUACAAGUGCACUUUCCCAAAUUGUCCAACAAAGAAAAAAGUGGAAAGAUCUUUGGAUGGGCAAAUAACUGAAAUUGUGUACAAGGGGUCUCACAAUCACCCAAAGCCUCAGUCAACUAGGAGGAACUCAAGUGGGUCUCAAUUAGUGCAGGCUCAGGCUCAGGCUCAGGCUCAGGCUCAGGCUCAGUCAGAAGUAUCGGACCACUCGUUUGGCGCACGAUCGGGUACACCAAUUGAGUCCGUCGCUACUCCGGAUAAUUCGUCAGUUUCGUUUGGUGACGAUUGUGGAGAAGAAGUUGAUGAUGAUGAGACCGAUGCUAAGAGAUUUAAGAAAGAAGGGGAGAAUGAGGGGAUAUCCGUGACAGGAAAUCGAACAGUGAGAGAGCCUAGGGUUGUCGUGCAGACGACUAGUGAUAUCGAUAUUCUUGAUGAUGGAUACCGUUGGAGAAAAUAUGGGCAAAAAGUGGUGAAGGGAAAUCCAAAUCCAAGGAGCUAUUACAAAUGUACAACCAUGGGUUGUCCAGUGCGAAAACACGUAGAAAGGGCGUCACACGAUCUGAGGGCGGUGAUCACAACCUACGAAGGAAAACACAAUCACGACGUUCCAGCUGCCCGUGGAAGCGCUCCAUUUACAUUGGAGAUGCUUCAAGCUCCCAAUGGCUAUGGAUACUCUAACUAUGAGAAUUCCAUGAAUUCUUACAUGAAUCAUCAACACCACCAGCAGCAGCAGCAGCAGAGUGUGUAUCAGAAAGCGAAGGAUGAACCUAGAGAAGACUUGUUCAUUGAGUCACUUUUGUGUGGAAACAUGGGCUAG